CCCGGGCGUACCAAUCAACCUGUCCUACCCUCCAAGCUAUUGUGGCUCUCACAUUUUAGUAAUUUCGUUCAUAACUCUGCCUUAGAAAAGACAAACAUGAUUUUAAUAUAGACAUAUAUUCACGGCCGUUCUGCACCGUUGCAAUAUUAUGUACAGUUGUCGACCGACGGGGUGUGUACAAGGCCGCGUUUUUUAUUGACGUUUUAUAAGUACUAUGAGCACGGAGGCCGAUGCUGAUUCGAUGCAGACACUCGGGCUUGAACAAAACGAACAUCUCAUAAUGGAAGGAUACAAACACAAAUACUCGAAAAAAAUCCUAGCCACUAAGCGAUGUGAUCAUUGUCAGAAAGCGAUGUUGUUUGUCGGUCUUCGGUGUAAGGAUUGCAGAUUUAAAUGCCAUCGCAAAUGCGCCAAAGUAACAGACCACCGUUGUCAACAUGUUUACAGAGCUCUCGAAGCGGCGACUGCAUCAGCCAGCCAAAGAUUGCGUCCUUGUAGGGCUUUACUGGUCGAGGACAAGCAGUUUGUCGCCGAAGACAGGACCAAUGAUUGUAUGUUUGCAAUGCCCAGAUCACCAAGACAGGCUUUUAUUAGCAUGCAAGACAACUGUAGUCGUCAUAGGGAUAUAUCUGAUGACACUGUCGCCGUACUUAACGAUUCUGUCUGCACUGAUGAUGUGUUUAUCGACAGCGGAAUUCAUACCCCGCUGAAUUUGAAUUUGCGAGACAGGGAAUCUCGUUCUUCAUAUUCGUCAAGUUAUUGUUCGUGUCCACGAAGCAGCAUCGCCUCAGACACUGCGAAUCAGUGUUGUCUUUGUGAGACUGCAAACUGCAUGUGUGGCGAUGGACAUCAAAGUUCUCCGAGGUGUGUACCCGCGAGCAAUAAACACUUACAAAGUUCUCAUCGUCCUGCAGACAACGCAACCUGUCUGGUACUAUGAGCUGUCCUCCCAAAAUGAGAAAUACUUCAAAGUUGCAUUUAUGCUCAACAUGGCCAUCGUUUAAAGCAGUUGAGUCAUCCAGUGGGGAAAUAUAUGAUUGGCAAGUUGAGUCCCAGGCAGUGCAGUAUGAAAGUGAAGACAUUCAUAGCAAAUUAGAUGAAUGGAAAAUCAACUAUGAUGAUAUAGAAUUCAACCAAUGUCUGAAGAGAGGAAAAAAUACAGCUAUUUACAGGGGUCGUUGGCAUGGUGAUGUUGUAAUUCAUACAUACCACUCGUCCAGAGAUGUUAAUGAGUUUCUUGAAGAAGUUGCUAUACUCAGUCGUAUCCGUCAUGAAAAUAUUGAAUUGUUCAUGGGUGUGAGCACCGAACCAUCAAAACUGGCUGUUGUCACAAGUGUUCACAAAGGUCCAUCUUUAUUUGAACACCUUCAUCUGAAAGGAGAGAAAAUGUCAGUUGCCAGCAAAAUUCACAUAGCUCGUCAGAUUGCACAGGGUGUCGGAUAUCUUCAUGCAAUGGGAAUCACGGUUGGAAGUAAACUCAAUUCCAGAAAUAUAUUCUUGGAAAGCAAAGUCAAAAUCUGUCUUCUUGGAUUCGAUUUUGUUGAAGUACAGAACACCAGAGAUGAUAUUGCCUGUCUUCCUAGCGGUUACUUAUCAUACAUGGCACCAGAGUUGUUACGAACUGUGCGUGUUGAAUCAUCUGAAUUGGUCACUGACAUGCAAUACAAUACUACUACUGAUAUCUUUGCAUUUGGAACCAUCCUAUAUGAAUUAUUUUCUGGCAGUUGGCCUUUUGAUGGUGAAAAUAGUUACGCCUUAAUAUGGAGUUUAUGCAAUGGUGAUAUGCCGUCGUUAUCCAAUGUUGACAGUCCAGGGCAGAUAAAAAAUAUCAUUAAUGAAUGCUGGUCAGAACAUCCACUGGACAGACCAUUAAUUACAGAAGUGGUGAAAGAAUUACAACAUAAUGUGCCGUUACAUAAAAAACACAGUCAAUCAGAGCCGGAUCAGUUGAACAGACUGUCAAGUCCAACACAUCUACGAAGUCCAUGGAGAUAAGAAUUAACCUGUGACCAGUUUACAUGGUGCUUCACACUUGGUGCUAUAUUCAAUACAUAUCAACUCUCCCAAGACAACAUUGUUAGCUGUUCCUAGCUUGUACAUCUAUGUAACACAUGCCAACAGUGGUUGGUCACCAUCUUCAAUCGUACCUACCUUGCAAUUGCCUCGAGGCAAGCCAAAUUACAAACAUAUUUUACUAAUUGACUUUUGUAAAGAUCAGUUAAAAAACUUUAAACCAUAUGCAAAUAAUUUUAAUUUUGCAAAAAUGUUGAAACUUGGUGCAAUAUUGCAAAGAAAACUGUUUCUUUUUAGUUGCUAUUGGCAACAGGUGACACUCAUGAGAAAUUUUACUUCUGAAACUUUCAAAUGAUCAUUGAAAUAACACAGAAGUUUUUUAAUGUCAAGUACUUUCUAAUUUAUUUAAAAGGUUGCAAUAUUUAAAUGUUAAUACCCGUCAUGUGCAAUUAUGUAAUAUUUAUUUUAAAGAAAUAAGAGUCUUCCUGAAGUCUGCCACCUUGUGGUGUUCAGGUCCCAUACUAUCAAUGAUGCAAUCAGAAUACAAUGUGACAGAUUUUAUAAAAAUAUGGUA